CCGCCGCCGCCCCCCGCCCUCAGUCACACCAACAUGGCCGAGGCGGAAGGAUUAUCGGUGUCUCCUCUUCGGAGUCUCGAUGACUUUUUGAUGGAAUCUGCCAGGUUUCAGAUUCCAAACUUCAAGGAUGCGGACAAAUGGGCGAACCGAGUGAUCCAAAAUCUCCUCUACUACCAGACCAACUAUUUCCUGACGUACUUCCUCGUGUUCACUGUUGUCGGUGUCAUUCACCCUACCAAGAUGUUCUGCGGCAUGACAGCGAUAGGCUUAGCCUUUGGACUUUUUUAUUACUUGACAAAUAACAAACAACCAGCUGUUGCGUUCAAGAAGGACCACCCCAUCCUUUCACUUAUCAUCCUCAUUCUGGGAGUGUAUUUCAUUGUUUAUCUCCUUGGAUCUGUUGUGGUAUUUCUCAUGGGAAUUCUUUUGCCAAUUAUGGUGAUCUUUGUGCAUGCCUCCAUGAGACUGCGGAACCUGAAGAAUAAGCUUAUGAAUAAAGUGGAGUAUCUGGGCCUCAAGCGCACUCCAAUGGGUGUGAUCCUCGAUGCAUUAGGCCUGGAACAGGACUUCCUCAUGUCCAAAUUGAAUGUUGAUGGGAGUUUCAAAUUCCUCGACUCUUUCGUCAAGAUGCCUGGGAAGCCCAACUAACCCUAGAAGCUAACUUCUGCAUGCUUAUCCACCUCCAUGCCACAGUAAUUUAAGAUCCUUUGCUAUCAUUGGAAAUAAAUGAGCGUUAAUUUGUUUGGACAUGCACAUAUGGAUAUAUAGAAACAUGUUUGGCUACAGUCCAUUAAGUAUAAUUUGCCAACACUAAGGUGAGCUUUAUUAAAUAGUUAAUGCUCUUAAUUUUCCUUAACCUUUAAUGACAAAAAACUGGGAUUUUUGGUGCACUUUCAAUGCUUCAGUUGUGAUUGUAGCUCAUCUUAGCUUCCAUAAAUAAUAAUGCUGUAUAACUGUGAAUAAAUUUAUGAUAAUAAUAGCAUAACUUGACCUAAUUACAGUAUAUUAUUUUUGUAUUGAGAAACCUAGUGUAAAUGAGAUGGGUUUGUAUAUUUAUCAUAAUGCACCAAAGUGCAGUCAUUGCAGCAGUACUAUCUAAUAUUAUCAUUAACAUAUUUAUCUCCGUAAAUAUUUUAAACCAUUUCUCGUUACUAGGAGAUAGACACUUGCUGAAAAGUCUAGGUGAAUUGUAUGGUACUUUAAUUUUAAACUCAUCAUGUACUAUUUUUCUCCCCAAUGAUUUGUGUUGCUUUGUAUUUUGAUAUUGGCCAUUAAUUGCAUAAUUGCAAGAAGAUAGUUCAGAUUCAUUUGCCAUAUUGCUUGGUAUUGCAACAGUUCCGUGUUGCUAAGAUUGUAAUUUAAUCCGUCUUCCUUGAAGAUGAAAUGGGAAAAUGGUAUUAUCUCGUAUAAUACACGUACUGUAAUAUCGUAGGUGCUUGCUCAUCUUUAUUUACCAAUGUGGUGUGUGUUGUAUGUGUGUGUGUGACAUUUAGUCUCUCAAAUUGAAGUUUCUUUAAGCAUGGGGAGGGGGGGUGGCCUUGCAUAGGAUUGUAUAAGAAACCCACUUAAAGUAAGCAUUUGUUUUGAGAAUCUGAGAAAUGCCAAGAACUUUACUCAAUAAACUAAUAGUUCUUGGCAUUUCUCAGAUUCUCAAAACAAAGGCUUACUUUAAGUGGGUUUCAUAUACAACACCAUGCAGAGUCUAUCUCCCGAGUUAAAGGAACAAACUUUAACUUGGCAAACUUAGAAUAGUCCUUUUUUUUACAGAAUUCGCUCAAUAGCUGUAACUGGGGACCCAGUCACAGUGGCACACGAGUUAAUCUAAAUAUAUUUAUAGAGCCCCUUUGCACAUAAAUACUCCAAUACAGUAUAUACAUAUCCUUUAUUGGCAUUUAUAUAAAAUAGUAAUGCACUGAUAUUUAUGAACAUUCAGACUCGGCCAUGCAUUUCUAUGUAUUUACUCUUGCUAACUACAGUAUGCAUUUUUCCAGUCCAAUAAUAGGAUCCAUGCUUCUAUAAUUUGAUCAGAAGAUGAUUCAAUAAAAAAAUCUUGUAUAUAUGUUUCAUUAUACAAGUACAGUAUAUCAAGCUCUUGUGUACAUUUGAAAUAUUAAAUGGCAGCCUAUAGUUCAUGACACCAUGAUAAUUAAAAUAUUUUGUUGAGAUUCCAUAUUUCUUAAGAGGAUAAAGUAAUUUAUUUGUAUUUCCCGGUUUGGUGCCUUCUUUUGAUAAUUACUUAGUUGUUAUUUGUAUAAAUCUUAGGAUUAUGUUGCAUUGAGCAUGUGCCAUGUUAUUUAUCAAUAUGUACCUACAAUAAAUGUAUAACUACAAA